GUCAAAGUCAAAAUGGCAACCAUGACUAGCGAAUUGCAACCCGGCAUGUUUUCGUCCGGUUUGUCCUGCCCAGAUUGGCUAAAUGCUGAGCAUGAAACAGGUACAACUAUUAUGGCAGUACAGUUUGAUGGAGGAGUAGUGAUUGGCGCCGACUCUAGGACUACCACAGGAGCUUACAUUGCGAACCGUGUGACAGACAAACUGACCAAGGUGACCGACAAAAUCUACUGCUGUAGAUCAGGAUCUGCUGCUGACACCCAGGCAAUAGCAGACAUCGUCACCUACCACCUCAACUUCCACAAAAUGGAGCAUGGCGAGGAGCCACCUGUGAAGGUUGCAGCCAAUGUGUUCCGGGAUUUGUGUUACAACUACAGGGACAGUCUGAGUGCUGGUAUCAUUGUAGGGGGCUGGGACAAACAGGAGGGGGGACAGGUAUUCACUGUACCAUUGGGUGGCAUGCUGACAAGAAUGCCAUUUGCAACUGGUGGUUCUGGCAGUACUUACAUCUAUGGCUAUGUCGAUUCAAACUUCAAGGAGAACAUGUCGAAAGAGGAAUGCUUAAAGUUUGUAUCGAACGGUCUGGCCUUAGCCAUGAGUCGUGAUGGCUCCAGUGGCGGUGUUAUCAGGAUGGCUUGUAUCAACGGAGACGGAGUGGAGCGCUUUGUCAUGACAGGGGACCAAAUACCGAAGUUUUACGAGGCUUAUUGAUAGUAAUCUUUCCUACCAAUCAUUCAUAAAAUAUCAUCCGUUAUGUACAAGAUAUAGACGUAAGCAGAUCUGUGGGACGGAGAUCAUGGGAUGUUACAUGGACCAUCAAGAUUUUGAAAAAGGAGGAGCAAUGUUUCAGAUUUAAUAUAAUUGUCAUUGUUUUAGUGAAAAAUCCGCUCUGCUCUUCAGGAGUGAGGACUUAAACAUUUAUAGGGAUAGAAGUUUACAAAAAACAUGAAAAAUAUUGACUACUACGGGGAGUAGUGUCUGAACACGGUUCUCUGUCCGAGUGUCAGAAGUGACUUGUUACGACCACACGUCCGUGUCCUGUGUGAUCCACGCCCUUGAAGUGCACAGCCAGAUAUGUAGAAAGUGUCAAGUCCUUAUAAGUGCUAAUGUAUGGUGUUAAUGUCAUGUCAGUGUGCAAGUUGUUUCACGAGACAAUAAAACAUGUUUACCUGAUCAUA